AUGCCUCCUCCUCCUCCUCCCACUUCCUCCUCCUCCUCCCACCACCACCAGCAACAACAACACCGCUCGCAGCCUACCUCUACCUCUACUUCCGCCUCUGCCUCCUCCUCCGUCGCCGAUAACCGCCUCGGCCUCUCCCCGCAGGACAUCGCCACCCUCCGCCAACACCAACAGCUCGCCCACCAGCAUGCGCGCAGCUCCGCCGGCUCCCAGGCCAGCAGCCAGGGCCGCCUCCUCCUCGACCCGGGCAGCCUGCAACUCCUCUCCCGCCACUUCGAUCGCGUCAUGCACGCCAUCGCCCAGCGACUGGAACAGGUACGACCAAAACCCCCCCCCCCAGAACCCUGACAUUACCUGGAUUGAAAACCCAUGCUGAUUAUUUAUAUACAUUCUAGCUCAACCAAGCCACCGAGACGGCCACGCGCGCGCGCGCCGACCGCGCCGGCAAUGCCCUGCAGCUGGCCGACAACGAAAUCGCCCGCUUCCGCGCCCUCCUGCAGCAGAUUGACGAGCUGGAGACGGAAUUCGACAAGAUCCGGCGCAUUCGCGAGAUUGUGAGGGGCUUUCGCGCGCGGGUCGAGAGUUGGAGAGAGAGAGAGAGAGAGAGAGAGAGAGAGAGAGAGAGAGAGAGAGAGAGAGAGAGAGAGAGAGAGAGAGAGAGAGAGAGAGAGAGAGAGAGAGAGAGAGAGAGAGAGAGAGAGCAAGAGAGGAGAAGAGAGAGAGAAAGGGAGAGGAGCGUGUGUGUGUGUGUGUGUGUGUUUGGUAUGGCGUUUUGGUUGGUUUGGUACCGGAGGGGAUGGGAUUUAAGAUUGGGGGAAAAUGCCUCACGGCGUAAAGAUAUACCCUUUCCCGCGCGCGCGCUUGGGUGAUUGUUCUGUGGCGGGCGGCGUACGUGUACUAUUGGAGGGUCUUUUGUUGUAUACUGCUAGGGUUGGACUUCUGACCGAAGACGGCGUUUCUCUCUCGUGCCGGUCUUUUUCUUCGAACCCUCAAUCUUUCCUCCUGGCCUCCCCAAACAACCAUGCUCCUGUGGGCCGACGAGGGUUCGCUUUCAGGAUCGAGAGCGAGGCGGAUGAAGUGGUGAAGAGGUGCGGUGCAGAAGUCGCGCUACGCUGGCAGACAUGUCUGCGACUUGCUAUUUCUCAAGCUCCAAAUCCUGAUAGAAUCUCUCAGAAGAAGGGAAAACCGGACCCUCUGAAGAAUCCAAGCAAAAGACACUCGCAACAUGCUAA